CGCGUGGCUUCUUUGGAGGCGCAUGGGCCAGGAAAUGCUUCUGCAGGACGCUGCGGAGGCUUUUGCAGUUCCGUGCUGUUUUGACAGUUUCUUCACGUUAACCUAGCAGAGGAUGGGUAAUUUGAAAAAGAAGCGUCCGACUCCAUGAGUCAAAGCAUGUCUCAGUGGAAUCAAGUCCAACAGUUAGAAAUAAAAUUUUUGGAGCAAGUUGACCAAUUCUAUGAUGACAACUUCCCUAUGGAAAUUCGACAUCUGUUGGCCCAGUGGAUUGAAAAUCAAGACUGGGAGGCGGCUUCUAACAAUGAAACCAUGGCAACAAUUCUUCUUCAGAACUUGUUAAUACAACUGGAUGAACAGUUAGGUCGUGUUUCCAAAGAGAAAAACCUGCUUUUGAUACACAAUCUAAAAAGAAUUAGGAAAGUCCUUCAGGGAAAAUUUCACGGAAAUCCAAUGCAUGUAGCUGUGGUUAUUUCAAAUUGUUUAAGAGAAGAGAGGAGAAUAUUGGCUGCAGCCAACAUGCCCGUUCAGGGACCUCUGGAAAAAUCCUUGCAAAGUUCUUCAGUUUCAGAAAGACAGAGGAAUGUGGAGCACAAAGUGGCUGCCAUUAAGAAUAGUGUGCAGAUGACAGAACAAGACACCAAGUAUUUAGAAGAUCUGCAAGAUGAAUUUGACUACAGGUAUAAAACAAUUCAGACAAUGGAUCAGGGUGACAAGAACAGUGCUCUAAUGAAUCAGGAAGUUUUGACUCUGCAAGAAAUGCUGAACAGUCUUGACUUCAAAAGAAAGGAAGCCCUUAGUAAGAUGACGCAAAUCGUGAAUGAGACGGACUUGUUAAUGAACAGCAUGCUGGUGGAAGAGCUGCAGGACUGGAAGAGAAGGCAGCAGAUCGCCUGCAUCGGAGGUCCACUCCACAGUGGGCUCGACCAACUGCAAAACUGCUUUACACUGCUGGCAGAAAGUCUGUUCCAACUCAGAAGGCAGUUGGAGAAACUAGAGGAGCAAUCUACCAAAAUGACGUAUGAAGGUGAUCCCAUCCCACUGCAAAGAGCACAUCUGCUGGAAAGAGUCACCUUCCUGAUCUACAACCUCUUUAAGAACUCAUUUGUGGUUGAACGACAGCCAUGCAUGCCAACCCACCCUCAGAGGCCGAUGGUCCUCAAAACUCUCAUUCAGUUUACUGUAAAGCUAAGACUACUAAUAAAAUUACCAGAACUAAACUAUCAGGUAAAGGUGAAAGCAUCAAUUGACAAGAAUGUUUCAACUCUAAGCAAUCGAAGAUUUGUGCUUUGUGGAACUCACGUCAAAGCCAUGUCCAUUGAAGAAUCUUCCAAUGGGAGUCUCUCUGUAGAAUUCCGACACUUGCAACCAAAGGAAAUGAAGUCGUCUAGUACUGGAAACAAAGGAAAUGAGGGCUGUCACAUGGUGACUGAAGAGCUUCAUUCCAUAACCUUUGAGACACAGAUCUGCCUCUAUGGCCUGACCAUAGAUUUGGAGACCAGCUCGUUACCUGUGGUGAUGAUUUCCAAUGUCAGUCAGUUACCUAACGCUUGGGCAUCCAUUAUUUGGUACAAUGUGUCAACCAACGAUUCCCAGAACUUGGUUUUCUUUAAUAACCCUCCAUCUGCCACUUUGAGUCAACUCCUAGAAGUGAUGAGCUGGCAGUUUUCAUCAUAUGUCGGCCGUGGUCUUAACUCUGAUCAACUCAGCAUGCUGGCCGAGAAGCUUACAGUCCAGUCUAGCUACAGUGAUGGUCAUCUCACCUGGGCCAAGUUCUGCAAGGAACACCUACCUGGUAAAUCAUUUACCUUCUGGACGUGGCUUGAAGCAAUAUUAGAUCUAAUUAAGAAACACAUUCUUCCCCUUUGGAUUGAUGGGUAUGUCAUGGGCUUUGUCAGCAAAGAGAAGGAACGACUCUUGCUAAAGGAUAAAAUGCCUGGAACCUUUUUGUUACGAUUCAGUGAAAGUCAUCUUGGAGGAAUAACUUUCACCUGGGUGGACCAUUCUGAAAAUGGAGAAGUGAGAUUUCACUCUGUAGAACCCUACAACAAAGGCCGGUUGUCUGCUCUGCCCUUCGCUGACAUCCUUCGAGACUAUAAGGUCAUUAUGGCUGAAAACAUUCCUGAAAACCCUCUGAAGUACCUCUAUCCUGACAUUCCCAAAGACAAAGCCUUCGGUAAACACUACAGCUCCCAGCCAUGCGAAGUUUCAAGACCAACAGAAAGGGGAGACAAAGGUUAUGUUCCUUCUGUUUUUAUCCCCAUCUCAACAAUCCGAAGUGAUUCAACUGAGCCACAUUCUCCAUCAGACCUUCUUCCCAUGUCACCAAGUGUCUAUGCAGUGCUGAGAGAAAACCUGAGUCCCACAACCAUUGAAACUGCCAUGAAAUCUCCCUAUUCUGCCGAAUGAAAGGAUAAAACUCUUGACACUCAAAAGAAGGAAGCAAAUGAAAAAGCUUAAAGACUGUUCUUGGCCAACAAUCACAUCUUAUUUCUUCAGCUUUGUAUAUACCGUUUUCCAGGAAUUGGUUUAAGUCUGAAGCUUUCCUCUCACUGGCAUGACACCACCAAAGGAGAGUGUAGUGACUGAAAUGCUAAAAACCAAAGCUUCGGAUAAACUUGUGAGAUAAAACACUUCAAGAAACCAGUGUUAAUAUAAUAUUAACAAAAGAC